CUGCGCCAGUGAAACCUGAAAUGUGUGUUGACAUUUCUCAUUUCUGCGCAACAUUUGAACAACUCGCGUUGCUACAAGUUAGCAGCAGGCGCGGUAAUUUCGCCCGAUGGAUUGGUGUUAUUCAUGGCGUCGCAGGUUGUUUGGAUAACGAGCCAGUAAGUAGCAGUGUGAGUGUGGAGCUGGGCAAAUCCGUGGAAGGAAACUUGCUACUUGCCUCGAUCGAGGAUCCGCGCCAUCUGUCAUCCAUCUGCAAUCUUAUCGAUUGGCUCCUGGUCCGCUCCAUCAACUGCCUCUCUUAUUUCCUCGACACCGUUAUUCUGUAUCCGAAGGAAUUGUUUAUUCUGGGAAAGAGCGAGUGACUGGGAUAAGCGGGAAGAAAAAGGGGAAGACGUCCCUGUUUACGCAGCUGUGUGUUGUUUUGGAUGUUGUUGUUGUUUUGAUUGGGGAGAGGACGUUUGAGCGUCCGUGGGUGCGGGGAAUGAACGGUCCGGGGGGCCCCCUGGGCGGGGGCGGGGAGCGGGAGACGGGGGGUCCGUCGACGUCUCCGUCGGGCGCGGGAAGCGGAUCCAGUGCGAACGCGAUGCAGCCGCUGAGCGACGAGCAGCUGCUGCGGAUGCCGCGCGACGAACUCAUCGGGCGGCUGCGCAGUCGCGAGAACGAGUGCGUCAGGUUGCUGCGGGAUCGCGCCCAGCUCAUGAAGGACGUCAACCGCACACUCCAGUUGCAUCUGGCGGAAGUGCGGGGAUUACGGGAGAUCAACCAGGCGCUGCAGAAGGACAACAGCGAGCUGCGCGAUUUAAGCUGCUUUUUAGACGACGACCGGCAGAAGGCGCGCAAGAUCGCCAAGGAGUGGCAGAAGUUCGGCAAAUACACCUCCACCGUCAUGCGCCAGGAGGUGACGGCGUACCAGGUGAAGCUGUACGAGCUGGAGCAGAAGCAGGAGAGUCUCCUGCGCGAGAACACCGAGCUCAAGGAGCUCUGCCUCUACCUGGACGACGACCGCGAGGCCAGGCGGCACGUCUGGAUGCGCUCCGACGCGUCCGCGGACGCCGCGACGGCGCACGCGCAGGCGCGGCCCGCGCGCCCUCUCCGAAGGCCCCGCCAGCCCCUCGCUGGCCCAUUCCCUAUCCGGUUCGUCGGUGGAGAAGGGCGGCUCGUUGAAGAACACGCCGAGCAAAUCGCCGCUGACCUUCCAGCAGCGUUUACCCAGCGGCUCGCUGCCGUCAUUAGCGGCGGCCGCCUGCGACGCCGGCACGGCCUUCGUGGACGCCGACGAGGAGGAGGCCAGCAGCGCCUCCACGGGCAGCGGCUCCCUCGACAUGUCCAAGUCGGAGCCCAACUAAGGCGCACGACAAACACGCCCGCAUUCCCCGCAAUUCUCACCUGCAUCCGGACGAUGCAGCGGAAAUAAAACGACGGUGUGAUAUAGGUAUUUAUUCGGCGGUUUUAUUUUUUACCUGUCUUUUGGGCAGUCGAAUUCGUACGGUUGUUUCUUCAACGUGUGUUAGUCGCGAUGUGCAGCUUUUUGACGGUGCUAGUGUGCAACUGAAUCUCUCGUUUUUUUUUACGUACAGUCUCAUUUUUUGCUUGAUACGGUUGGAUUAAUAUGAAUUAUUGUAGAAAUAAUCCGGUAUAAAUUCGUUGUGAAUUUAUUCAAUAAAAUUCGAUAUAAUUA